AUGCGAUGGCGGCCUCUAGCCGCCGAGCCCAAGCGCGACCCGGACCCCGCCCGGGUGCGUCUCGCCGCGCUCUCCGCCUGCGCAGUCUCGUCCACCCGCGCAGAGGCCGGAGCGGGGCUGCCCAAGCUGCUCUACGCGAAGAGCCGCUAG